GUCGGGAUUUAUCCUCCAUCCGGCUAUGGAGAGAUAGAAUAUAGUAUAAUAACAUCUUGUAUUUUUCACUUGAGCCGCUUGUUAGUAUACACAAUAGACUUGUUGGAACAACCAGUAUAGAAACCCCUGUAAAUCAUUCUUUCGACGCAAACAUGGUUAAACGACUCGACUCCGAGACCAAGGAUGCAUCGCCUUUGGCGCAGCCCCUGAAGUUCGAAUUCAGUGGCAAGACCGCCCCGAACAGAUUUCUCAAGGGCGCCAUGACGGAACGUCUCUCAAGUUGGGACGCGGAGCACAAGGAGAAAAGAGGCGUCCCUUCAAAGAACCUGAUAAACGUCUACAAACGAUGGGGUGAGGGAGGCCUAGGCCACAUAUUGACUGGCAACAUCAUGGUCGACUAUCACCAGUUGGAAGCGCCAGGGAAUCCAAUCAUCCCAUUGGACGCUCCAUUCGAGGGUGAGAGGUUCGAAGCUUUCAAGGAGCUGGCCAAGCAAUCCAAGCUUCACGGUAGUUUGAUCACCGGACAGGUCAGUCACCCAGGACGACAAGUCGAACAAAGGGUGAACCCGGACCCGAUCUCGGCCAGCGAUGUUCAACUCGAAGGAGAGAUCAUGGGAAUGACCUUCGCCAAGCCUCACGCUGCUUCCCAAGAUGAGAUCAAGGACAUCAUCAACCGCUUCACCCACGCAGCCGAGUUCCUCUAUAAGGCUGGAUACGAUGGGAUCGAGCUGCAUGGUGCCCACGGCUAUCUCCUUGCUCAAUUCUUGUCCCAAACAACGAACAAGAGAACCGACCAGUAUGGUGGAUCCAUCCAGAAUCGCGCCCGCAUCAUCCUCGACAUCGCCCAAUCGAUCCGUCAAAAAGUACCCAAAUCGUUCAUUGUCGGCAUUAAGAUCAAUUCGGUGGAGUUCCAGCAAGGUGGCUUCACGGCCGAGGAAGCGAAGGAAGUAUGCUCAAUGUUGGAAGAGGCUGAAUUCGACUUUGUUGAAUUGAGCGGCGGAACGUAUCAAUCUCUUGCUUUUGCUCACAAGCGUGAGAGCACGCGCAAGCGAGAGUCCUUCUUCUUGGAGUUUGCGGAGAAGAUCACGCCAGGCCUCAAGAAGACCAAGACAUAUGUGACUGGAGGAUUCUUGACGCUUGACGGUAUGGUGAAGGCUCUUGAUACUGUCGACGGGGUCGGCCUUGCUAGGCCUGUUUGCCAAGAGCCACAUUUAUGCAAAGACCUCUUGGACGGCAAGGUUGUUGGCGCGAUUGAGCAAGAGGUCGACCGAGACAACUUUGGCCUUACCAACGUCAUUGCUGGUACUCAGAUUCGGCAAAUCGGCAAGGACCAGGAGCCUAUUGAUAUGUCCGUGAAGGAGAACGUUGAGGCCUUCAACAAGGACAUGGGAAAAUGGGGUGAGAAGAUGGCUUCUGGAGAUGCCAGCAACUACGGCUAUGUCGACAUUGAAAGCGUCGCCGCGCAACCGUAUGGCGCUCCUGCCGCUUAGAGGUUGGUUGACAAAAUGGAAGAAUGAUUGUUUCUAUAGAGCUGUCUGGCGCCGAUUAGAACAAGCAA